CACAAACACAAUUCCAGUUUCGCUUGAAGAUUUAGUAGGAAGAAGAAGAAGACAUUUUUUGUAGUUUUUUUUUCGCAAAAUAGUCAUUUUAAUUACCUGUAAUUUAUAGUUUUAUAUCUUUUAUUUUCGUGUCAAAGAUAAUUUUGUGACGUGCGUGUGAAUAUGUUUUCCAAGAAAAAGAAGAAACCUUUGAUUUCUAUGCCCAGUAAUUUUGAGCAUCGAGUACACACGGGAUUCGACAAACGCCAACAAAAAUAUGUGGGUCUUCCAAUGCAAUGGGCGAGCAUAGUGGGUAAUAACCAAAUACUGAAAUCAACAAAUAGACCGUUGCCUUUGGUCGAUCCGUCCGAGAUAACACCGACUGAAAUAUUGGAUUUAAAGACCAUUGUUCGACCGCAUCAUAACAACAAUAAAGCUGAUACAACAUCCCUGAAUAGUAGCAUAGCUACACAGCCUGUUGGUGUUGGUGGAGCAGGGGGUGUUAUUGGCCAGCAUGUUCAUGCGAUGGCUGCGGAUAAUGGUUCUGCCACGGUUGGAGGUGGUAUUGUUUUGCCAAAGACCUCACAUGUGGCACGAUCAAAUUCAUUGCGUAGUUCAAGUCCGCCCAGGAUUCGAAGGGAUUUGAGAGGAAAUGCAAAUGUGCCACCUGCUGUUCCCGAAGAACGGGAAUCGCUUUCGAGUAGCAGUGGUGCAAUAAAUGCUUUAUCGGGAGGUCCAGCUGUAAAUAUGGCCGCAUAUAAACUGCAGCAGGCACCUGGGACACAGACGACAGGUUCAGCGGCCGCGGGAAUGUACGUUGGACAGCAGACAGUUGUUAACGGCGGUGGUCCAUUGGCUGUUCGUACGGAUAUGGGUACCCAGCCUGGAGCUGGCUCUGUGCAAUACCGACCCGGAGCCCCGCAUAUGCAUGUGCAACAGAUAUCGCCUGUUGGUUCAAUAGCCAGUAAUACUCGUUCGACACAUUCUCACAUUUCAUCGCAUUCCCAUGGACACCAUAUGAACAAUAAUUCCGCAAUUACCACAAACAAUUUACCAAUGUAUCCCACACCUCAAGGACAAAUGCUGCAUCAUGGUCCACCAACUUUGCCACCCCAUGGCGUCCAUCAUCAGCCGCAACAGCAGCAGCAGCAGCAGCAUUUAACACAUCAACAACAGGCUGGCAAACAAAUUAGUAAUAACCUAGUAACAUCCGAUCAAAAUCAGAAUCCUCAUCAAAUGCAUUUGCAUGGAAAAACAGCAUCGCGAGCUUCCAGUUCCAGUGGCGGAACAGUUGGUGUUGGUGCUACCAGUGCAACGGGUGGUAGUACAGCAACGGCAGCACCACCAAAGCAGGAGCCACGUUUGACACAUGAACAGUUCCGGUCGGCUCUUCAAAUGGUUGUUUCUGCCGGCGAUCCACGUGAAAAUCUCGACAAUUUCAUGAAAAUCGGUGAAGGUUCAACGGGCACCGUUUGCAUUGCCACAGACAAGUCGACAGGUCGCCAGGUAGCUGUCAAGAAAAUGGAUUUACGCAAACAGCAACGUCGUGAGUUAUUGUUUAAUGAGGUUGUAAUUAUGCGUGACUAUCAUCAUCCCAAUAUUGUUGAGACAUACUCAAGUUUUCUGGUCAACGAUGAGCUCUGGGUGGUAAUGGAAUAUUUAGAAGGUGGUGCUCUAACCGAUAUUGUCACACAUUCUCGCAUGGAUGAGGAACAAAUAGCAACGGUGUGCAAACAAUGCUUAAAGGCAUUAGCCUAUUUACAUUCACAGGGUGUAAUACAUCGUGACAUAAAAUCCGACUCAAUUCUCUUGGCAGCUGACGGGCGUGUUAAAUUAUCUGAUUUCGGUUUCUGUGCUCAAGUCUCACAGGAAUUGCCAAAACGAAAAUCUUUGGUGGGUACACCGUAUUGGAUGUCACCGGAAGUUAUAUCGCGCUUGCCCUAUGGACCUGAGGUUGAUAUCUGGUCACUGGGCAUAAUGGUUAUCGAAAUGGUAGAUGGAGAACCGCCAUUCUUUAAUGAACCACCAUUGCAAGCAAUGCGUCGCAUACGUGAUAUGCAACCACCAAAUUUGAAGAAUGCCCACAAGGUUUCGCCACGUCUUCAAUCGUUUUUGGAUCGUAUGCUGGUGCGUGAUCCGGCCCAAAGAGCAACGGCAGCUGAGUUGUUGGCCCAUCCCUUCUUAAGGCAGGCGGGACCACCGUCUCUGUUGGUACCAUUGAUGCGUAAUUCACGGCAGCAUUAAAUUAAGUUUUAGAGUUUCGCUGGGAAUUUUAAAAUUUCUACAUGGAUACUUAAUAUGGCCAAUUUGGGCAAAAAAACCACAUUCCCCCCACACCCCUCUCCACAGAUUCUUACAAAAAAGUAUUGUUAUUUUACCCGAAAUGUAUUUAUAUUGGCAGUACUACUAACUAUUUUUUUUCAUUAUUCAAUGUUAUAACAUUUUGUUUAUUUUAAAAAAAUAUAUAUACUUUUUUUUAAUUUAUGAUUUUAUAUGGCAUUUAUAUGUUUAGUUUUUUUAUUAUUAUUUUAUAUAAGUAUGUGUAUUUUAAUUUUAUUAUUACAUAUUUUAAGUGCCGUUUAAAUACAAAAAAAGGAAGCAAGUAUGAAAUUGAAAAUACAGUCAAAACUUAAAGCCAAUCACCCUACCCAUAUUUAUAUACAUAUAUAUUAUACAUGUAACUAAUUUCCAGUAAAUGGCAACAAUAAGCAAGCUAUAUUAUAGGAAUUAAAAUUAUAUAUACAUUAAAUUAAAAAAAAUGACGAAGUGCCUUUAUAUUAGUGACACUUUUUUAUUAACAUCCAAGGCUCAUAUCAACAACGAAAUAUUCGUAAAAAACACACACACUCAUUUAAAGUUUAUUCAUUUCAUAUUUUUGUAGUCCCAAAAUCGAAAGAAAAACAUUCCUCGAAUAAACGAAUUUCUGUUUUUUUUAUUAAAUAAACUAAAAAUCUAUACAUGUCUUUUAUAAAAUAAAACAUUAAAAAAGAAAAAUUAAUAAAACAUUCCCAAUGAAAUGCAAAACAAUGCCUUUUAUAACAAAAAAAAAUAAAUAAAUAAAUAAAAAAGAAAAACACUAUUGGCUUUAAAACGUGUUACCACUUGUUUAACGUUAACAACCAAGCUCUGUCGAAAUGAGAACAAAAAAAAAAAAAAAAACAAAAUAAAUUCCAUUUUAUGUAUUUUUAUGUACAUCAUGUUUAUUUCUUGCUUAAGAAUAAAAAAUAUUGUCUAUAUAUUAUAAAGAAAUAAAUAAAAUUUUAAGAAUAUUA